ACGCGGCUCAGUCGCGACGUUUUAUUCGGCAUCCACCAUGCAGUACUACACAAACACUACUCCGGCUGGAAGGAGACGUGCGAGCAGCCUGUCCUCCUGUAAACACUGCACACAUCCGUGUCUCACGCCGUGGAUCAAAGCCGUGCUCUUCUUCCUCAACAUGGGCUAAGAGCAGCACGCCGGGAUUACGCGCUUCAGCCAUGGGGACGCGGAUUUCUGCUGCUUUCAUUUCUCUCUUUUUCCCCUGAAGACGGAAAGCGCGUAUAGUGAAUUGAAAGAGGGGGAUCCUUGAACCCUCUCCGCUUGUAUCCUGGUCUGCUCUCCUUGCUGUUCCUUUUUUUUCGUCUUGUUUUGGGAAGAGAUGAUUGCAGAUUUGGUGUGUAGCGCUGUGGCUCUGGUCCUGUACGUCAACACAUUGGGCGCUGAUUUCUGCUACGAUGACAGCCGUGCUAUCAAAACCAACCAGGACCUGCUUCCCGAGACGCCGUGGACUAAUGUGUUCUACGAUGAUUUCUGGGGUACUCUGCUCACACACAGCGGCAGCCACAAGUCCUACCGGCCACUCUGUACACUCUCCUUUCGCAUCAACUACGCCCUGAGUGGCCUGGAGCCAUGGGGCUACCAUUUAGCCAACGUGGCACUGCACUGCACCGUAACGGCCCUGUUCACACGCCUGGCACGCCUGCUGCUGGGUACGGGCUGCUGGACGCUGCUAGCAGGCCUGCUGUUCGCCUCGCAUCCUGUUCACACUGAGGCUGUGGCCGGCAUCGUGGGACGGGCCGACGUGGGUGCGGCACUGUUUUUCCUUCUGGCACUGAUCUGCUACGUGGGGCACUGCGACCAGCGGACAGAGGGGGCGCAGCGUCAGUGUUGGGCGUGGUUCGCGGGCAGUCUGGCCUGCUCGGCGUGCAGCAUGCUGUGGAAGGAGCAGGGCAUCACUGUUCUUGCCGUAGCAGCUGUCUACGACGUGUUUGUCUUCCACCGGAUGAAGCUGCAGCAGCUCCCAGGAAUCUUCUACAAGAAGAAGAACAUGCGCCUCCUGCUGAGCGUGUUUCUUCUGGGCUCCUGGGGGAUCUUCCUGCUUGGGUUCCGACUCUACUGGAUGGGCAACAAACCUCCCAACUUCUCCAACUCUGACAACCCUGCAGCAGACUGCCCAUGUUUUCUGACCAGGGUGCUUACCUUCCUCUAUCUGCCUGCUGUGAAUAUGUGGCUCCUUCUUUGCCCAGACAGGCUGAGUUUUGAUUGGUCCAUGGAUGCGCUACCACUUCUGAGGAGCAUCACCGAUUGGAGAAACCUCCAUACUAUCAUAUUUUAUGCCACACUGCUGGCACUGGCAUGGUUUGGCCUCUUUAAUCGAACAUUCAAGGAGAAGGAAACGAACGGGAAAGCCCAUGUAGCAAACGGAAAGUCCACCACAAACGGACACGGUUAUCAUUCUGACUAUGAGCACUCCAUUCCAGACUCGGACUCUGUUCAGACAAACGGAGCCAAUGGGACAAAAAAGCACUGUAUACCUAGAACUUCUCUGCCCACCACUGAGAAUGUCGUGGUCUUCUCAUUAGGGUUGUUGGCUAUCCCCUUUCUCCCUGCCACCAACCUCUUCUUCUACGUCGGUUUCGUAGUGGCGGAGCGAGUCCUCUAUAUCCCCAGCAUGGGCUUUUGUCUGCUGGUGGCAGUGGGGAUGAGGGCACUCUGGAUCAGACUUAGGACAAACUCAUCAAGGACUCUGGUGCUCGCCUGCAGUGCUUCUCUGGUGAUGCUAUUUGGAGUUAAGACAUUUUUGAGGAACCAGGACUGGCAUAAUGAGGAGAUGCUGUACAAGUCAGGGAUAACUGUAAACCCUGCUAAAGCUUGGGGGAACCUGGGAAAUGUCUUGAAGAACCAGGGGCAGAUGGCAGAGGCUGAGCAAGCGUACAGAAACGCUCUGUACUACCGCAGGAACAUGGCCGACAUGCUUUACAACUUGGGUCUGCUGCUACAGGAGAGCAACAAGUUCUCAGAGGCUCUCCACUACUAUAAGCUGGCCAUCGGGAGCAGGCCAACUCUCGCUUCUGCCUACUUGAACACGGGUAUCAUCCUGAUGAACCAGGGUCGCCUCGACGAGGCCAAGAGAACCUUCCUCACCUGCGCUGACAUCCCUGAUGAAAACCUGAAGGAUCCUCAUGCACAUAAGAGCUCUGUCACAAGCUGCCUCUAUAACCUAGGCAAGCUGUUGCAUGAACAAGGCCACCAGGAGGAAGCUCUGUCUGUGUAUAAAGAAGCAAUCCAGAAAAUGCCCAAGCAGUUUGCUCCUCAGAGCCUCUACAACAUGAUGGGCGAGGCGUACAUGAGGAUGAACAAGUUAGCUGAUGCCGAGUACUGGUACAGGGAGUCUCUCCGGGCCAAACCAGACCAUAUACCAGCACAUCUCACCUAUGGAAAGCUUCUGGCCAUGACGGGUCAGAAAGCCGAAGCAGAGAAGUACUUUAUAAAGGCCAUUCAACUUGAUCCCGCUAAAGGAAACUGCUACAUGCAUUACGGCCAGUUUUUGCUGGAGGAGUCCCGCCUCCUGGAAGCUGCCGAGAUGGCGCAGAAGGCUGCUCAGCUUGACAGCGAGGAGUUUGAUGUGGUCUUCAGUGCGGCGCAUAUGCUCAGACAAGCCAGCCUCAAUGACGCAGCGGAGAAGUACUACAAACAAGCAGCUAGCCUGAGACCUGAUUACCCUGCAGCCCUGAUGAACCUCGGUGCUAUCCUUCAUCUGAACGGCAAACUUCAGGAGGCUGAAGCCAAUUACCUGCGAGCCCUGCAGCUCAAACCUGAUGAUAACAUUACCCAGUCCAACCUGCGCAAGCUGUGGAACAUCAUGGAGAAACAAGGCCUGAGGACAAUGGCCCCUUGACCCAAACACACUAUGUGGAGUUCAGUCUGAAAGAUACCUUCUCACGCGAAGUGAUUCAUAUCUUGAGCAGUUCGAUAAGAAUUGUCUUUAAAGAGACCGAGAUGUUUCCCUCGUAGGAUCGGGAGCAAAAAUCGGUACGUCGGAGAACUUGCUUGAGAACUUUGACACAUGCAAGAACAUUUCUUGCCUCUUUUUUUUUUUUUUUUUUUUUUUUUUUUGCCCUGCAUAGAACUUCACAGUACAGGGAGUUCCCAACAGGAGCACUUAAGCUGCAGUGAGCUGUUGGUACAUACUUGAAGUUUCUCAGUACUUUGGCUAUUAAUUAGAUAAAUGAAGCCUAAUGGAAUAUGUAGGGCUGCGUUUGUCAUGAAGAAGUGGAAAAUUAGGAAAGAAUGAAUUUUUUUGUCCUGUGAAACAAAGGA